UAGCCGUUCGGCGACGCUAGCACGAAUAAAGCCUCACACAAAGUCCCCUGUGCGGAUAUGCUGCUUCCAUCCAGGAACAUUUUGAAGUGUCACCAUUUAAUUAAUUUGCUUCGUUUCGUUGUCUUCUUUUAUUUUACAACUCAGCAUUCGUCCGAACAGUUUGACUGUUUGUUAAAUGACAUUUUAACUGUUAUAAUGUGUUUGCCUGGUAUUGCUCUGGGUUUUUCUUUCGUCAGACAAAUCCUAGAUCGGUGAAUACAUGGGUGGCCGCUGCUAAUGUGCAAUCUAUCCAAAUGUUGAUAGACCUGGCACUUAUAUUGGGAAACCCCUUGCCCCGUGUGUGCCGAAUUUACCAGAACACAUCAACACUGAAAUCAUAUCAUUGUUCACAUUUGACCAUUGUUACAUUUCCCUUUUUGUAUAGCAGGCGAUUGUGUGGGUGUCGGAUUGGGAAGGGAGUCUGGGGUUACGUUUCCCCCCAUUCAACAGAGAAGCGGCGCGAAUCGAGGGCGCUAGCUUGUUUUGCGGCUGCUGAAACGGAACAGCUGCAGGACAUAAUGUCAGCUGCAAGGGCAUCCUUUGUGAUGACAAGAGCAAGUAUAGUGAUGGCAACCCGCAGUAUCAUCAGGCCAUAGCGGAAGAGAGGUGUUUUUACGUGAAAUGUUUUUAGUCGUUCACAGGCGACCGCUCGCCAGCCCCGGAUUUGCGAUCAUUGGCGUGUUGUAUGAUAACGAUGAAGAAGGUCAUGUCCUAAAGGAUCUCCCUGGUUGAGGCUGGACAGUGUCGUUUGUGUGAAAUGAUGACAAGCCCCUGGCAGCCAUAGUAAGGACCAGCAGCGGGUCAAUAUGAGCUGCGGGUUUGGGGUGCUGUCCGCAAUGCAGGUGCUGAAAAUUGAAAGUGCCGUUGAAAGUGUGGAGCGUCCCUGCCGGCUAACACGCGGCUUCAUAUCCUGUUACAGCUCCAGCCACUGUUUGGAAAUGGUCCACCGGUUUAGCUUUGGUUGUUUGCCUAAAUUCGUUGUCAUUGUUGACGAGAAGACGAAGGAUGCUGGAAGUUUAUUACACGCGUGAUCGUGUGUGAGUCGGUUGACUGUUCCAGAUUGUGUUGUGGACACGUUUACCUAUGAAAUACUAGGAGAACGCUGAAGAAAAGCCACAGUCCACAUAGUCCAAUCUAAAAAUGAAUUUAGGAUUUUAGUUUUGUCCCACAGAAACAGUUGAAUAGUGACUGCAAAGCUGGUGGAGUUGAGGAUGGGAGCUACUAGCUGUUGUUUCAUGUUGCUGCAAUUCAUUGAUUAUUUAUGUUCUCUGUUAGGGGGAAAUGCUGGUUUGUUUAUUAGAAAAAGAAAGACGUGGAAACACCUCACACUGGUUUGUUAAUCUCUGUCUGAUAAAUUUACCCUCCAUGCUGUCUCUGAACAAAGGGACACCAUUUUCACCACUGUCACCUCAAUGCUCUGGCAUGAGUCAUGCUGUACAGUUGGAUGAGGUGAUGUCUUUGCCACUGGAAACAUUUCAAGCUAUUCUAGGAAAGGGAUGGGAUGAGAGAUGUGCUUGCAAUGCAGGCUUUACCAGAAACAAGCCACAUCACUGAUCAAUAAUAGAUUGUCUCUUCAUCCUUUAUGACACACAACUGGCUCUAUUUGUGACUGUUGUUUUGGCUAUCAAAUGCUUUUUUUCCCCCUGUGUGACCAAUGGAGGAAAAAAAACACACACACACAGAAAACUUCCCGAUCGGAGGAGUGUGUCCAGCAAAGUGUCAUGGGAUGCACUGUAUUAUUCAUGCUAGUAAGCUGGUCAUGUAAGAGUGAGAAGCUCUAGGAUGUUUUAUUCAAGCACACUCACUGUAUGUGUGCUGGGAGAGGCUUUCUCUGCACUCAGAGAGAUGGGGGAUGUUUUAAAGGGAUCAAUGUGCUCUCAGCCCAUUACAGUUGUCUGGCUGAGGGGGGAGAUAUUGGGACUGAGUAAUUGUUUCUUUCCCUCGGUCUCCGGCUUGGCUGUGGAGACGAGGAUGUCCAGUGAAGGGAGGGAAGAGGCAAGUGGGGCAAGGCAAAGAAGGAAGAGGCUUGCUCAAGACUGGCCACCUCCAUGCCACACCCAGUGUCAUUGGGAUGUGCACCAGUGUGUUCAGCUUUGAAUUUCAUUUUAGUGUUUGUUGUUACUGAACACGGUUGAAAGCCUGGUGUGUGUCGGAACAUUGUCAGCCAUGGCCUCUGCUAAUGUCACUCUGGAAAAUCAGCUGCACAGUGCACAGAAAAACCUGCUGUUCCUCCAGCAGGACCACGCCAACACGUUGAAGGGUCUGCACGCAGAGAUUCGCAGAUUACAACAGCAAUGCACAGACCUGACAUAUGAGCUCACUGUGAGAAGCUCUGAUCCCUCAGACAGCAGUAAGGUCCGUUGCAGGGAGCUGCAAAGGAGGUGUGAGGAGCUUGAGGCCGAGCUGAAGAAGAAGGAGGAGGAGAACACAGAGCUGCUCAGGGACCUGGAGCAGAAGAACGCCAUGAUCUCCGUCCUGGAAAACACCAUCAAGGAGAGGGAGAAAAAGUAUUUGGAGGAGCUAAAGAUGAAGAGCCACAAGCUGGCUGUUUUGUCUGGGGAGCUCGAACAGAGAGCGAGCACCAUUGCUUACCUUACCUCACAACUUCACGCCACUAAGAAGAAGCUGUUGGCCGGCAGCUCAUCUGAGGGCAGCCCAAACGUCAGUCCCGUCACGUCAUACAAGCCCACGCCGCCUCCAGCCAAGGACAGACAGCCUGAAACCCCACGUCGCCGCAUGAAGAAGAGCCUCUCCCAGCCUCUUCACCCGGAGUUGACAGAGGUGUACCGGCUCGGCCAAGAUGGGAGGAGGCUGGUUUUGCGGGAGGCGGUUGAUGCCAUGCCUGACCCCACACCCUUCCUUCAGGCUGGGAGAGAGUCACCGGAACCGCAGGUAGUGCGUGAACGGCCCGCUGUCAUCCCUCCCAUUUCCUCUGAGCGCUCCUCUGGCCCUCCACUGGGUGCUAAGUCCAGCCCUCGCCACAGCCCCGCUCGUGACCGUCAGUACAGGGCUCACGUGGGUGUGGCGCACCGCAUCCCGCAUGGAACCUCUCCCCUGGCUCCGCCACAGGCAGAGCUGGAGACACUGGCAGUGGACCAGGUCAAGGAGGAGAAGGUUGUGCGGAAGCGCUCAGGAGCCGACAGGACAGUUUAAAACUGCGAUGCUAAAACGCACAUACACACACACACACACUACUACUGUACAUACACUACACCAUUGCAAUGUAAAAAAAAGAAAAAUCACACAAUUAUCAUUUUAACCAUAAAAAGUUUUUUCUUAAUAUAAAGUAGAGAUGGUCUACUAUAAAGCAUGCCAAAUGUUUCUUAAUACAACCCAUUGAGAUCUUGUAUUACACACGUGUUGAUUUUUGUUGCGUAGACUUUCACUUCAGGUGGUGAAACUAAACAAACUCUCAGCCAAAUAUCUGCAUCAGUGCCUGCUUGACCGGUUACAUACACAAGCUGCGUAGUGUAGUCAAGGCUGACAGUGAACAGCUGCAUAUCCCUGUCCGCUCCGUCUUCCCAGCAUCAGUCUGGACAUAUCAACCAACUAUAUAACAAGAUGUCUGCAUAGGAUAGAAUUUAACUGAUUAAACUAAAUGCUGCCCCAAAUGUCUUUCAUCUACUCGUGUUAUCAGUAUAAUAACUUUACUGUAGGGACGAGCUGCGUAAUGUGCAAUUGAAAUCUGCUGUUUGUUGCGGUGAAAGCUGUGAUUUCACCCUGCGUUUGCUGACUUGCGAAAACAGCAGCGGCGUACAUGUUUGGAUGCAGUAUGAAAUGAUGGUGAACAUUUCAUAUGCGUGUAUGCGUCCUUGUGUGUGUGCGUGUGUUGAGAGAAAGAGAAGGUUUCAGAGAGAGACAAUGAAGGCCAUUGAGAGACUUAAGUUUCGGCUUGAACAAUAUCCAUUGAUUAUAGGUUAUUUGUGAUACAAGGGCAUUUUUGAAAACACUGCUGUAAUAGGAUUUUGUGAUAUUAUUACUCUGUACUUUAUAAAGGCUGUACAUUUCUAAUAAAUUCUUUUUAUUUAUUUAUUGUUCAAUAGAGAAUACAAGAGCACCACUGACAGUAGUUACUGCACCACCAACAAGAUGGUAAUUAUAAUCACGUAAUAAUCCGCUUUUCAUAUUAACGACACUUUUCCUUGAAGUAUAUAAGUCAAUACAAUAAAGCAGUGAUUUUUUGGUUUGGUUA